CCGGGCCACCCGUGGUUACGACAGGCCCGGAUUUAUGGCCGUAAGGGCCGCCGAGGCGUGAGCGGCGCAAGCUGCCUCUCCUGGCCUCCGGACUCAUCCCCUGCAGCUGGGCAAAGCCAGCGCGGCGGAGCGCUCGUGCCCCUCCUGAUGCCUGCAGGAUGCUGCCAUCGCCGCUGGAGCUGAUGCGGCCGCUGGAAAGACCAAGAGAGUUUUUGAUACAUGCACUGGAAAGAGUGAAGUUUGCAAAACUAACUGAUGUGGAAUAUCCUUAUCUUGUGGAUGAAUCAAAUUUGGAUGCUAUGUUUGAAAUGCUGGACACUACAAGUCAAGGCUAUAUAACCUUAGUGCAGUACAAAGGAGCUCUUAAAAGCUUGGGGUUAAGUACUCAGGAUUUGCCUUAUGAAGAAGAUGCAACUAUCACACUGGAAAUAUUCAAGAAAGAAGUGAAGAAGUUGUUGCAGGAAAGCUGGGCAAUAUAUCAACCUUAAGCAGCUGUCUGCUAAAAAUUCUCUAAAGUCUUCUCUUUGAGUUUUUUUUUAUUUUAAUUGCCUUUUGGCAACUGAUAGUUUCACUUAUCCAAAAAUAAACUUGAGUAGCAUCAGCA